GAUUUUCUUGCAAAAAUAGGGCACGCUGAGAUACAACCAUUGAAGAAGAUGAGGAGAAUUUCUCUAUGCAAUGGCAAUGGCAAUGGUAUUCCCUUUAUCUCUUUCUUUGCUGCUUCGCCAAUUACAGUAACAACUUAUUCUUCUUCAUGCCAUUACAGUAAUCAAUCCAUUUCAGUAAAGGGUAGCAAUUUAGAUGAUGCUGUUACUUUCUUCCAUCAAAUGGUUAGAAUGAAGCCUCUUCCUUCUGUUGUCGAAUUUUCUAAAUUAUUUAAGAAUAUGCUAAGUAUGAAGCAUUACUCUGCUGUCCUUUCUCUUUUUCGAGAAAUGCAGAAAUUGGGUAUCCCAAUUGAUGUGUUCAUCUUGACAAUCGUGAUUAAUAGUUAUUGUCUGAUGCAUCGUUCUGAUUGUGCAUUCUCGGUGUUACCCAUUUACUUGAAGAAUGGCAUUCCAUUUGAUAUUGUCACCUUUACAACUCUAAUAAGGGGAAUCUUUGCUGAAAAUAAAGUCAAAGAUGCAGUUGAAUUGUUCAAAAAAUUGGUGAGAGAGAAGAUUUGUGAGCCCAACGAAGUCAUGUAUGCAACCGUCAUGAAUGGGCUUAGCAAAAGGGGCCACACUCAAAAAACUUUAAGUUUGCUCCGGUUAAUGGAACAAGGGAGCACUAAGCCCGACAUAUAUAUCUACUGCAUUGUCAUAGAUUCCCUUUGCAAAGAUAGAAACUUAGAUGCUGCUAUCAACCUUUUGAAUGAGAUGAAGAAGAGAGGCAUUCCUCCAGACAUAGUCACAUAUAAUUCAAUAAUUGAUGGUUUGUGUAGGAUUGGUCAGUGGGAAAAAGUUAAGAUUUUGUUCUCUGAUAUGGUGAACCUUAAUAUUUAUCCAAAUGUGCGCACCUUCACCAUACUAAUAGAUGGACUAUGCAAAGAAGGGAAAGCUGAAGAUGCCAAAGAAGUAAUGAAACAAAUGGUCGAAAAGGGUGUAGAGCCUGAUAUAAUCACCUACAAUGCGAUAAUGGAUGGAUAUUGUUUGCGUGGUCAAGUGGAUAGUGCGAGGAGAAUUUUUGAUAUCAUGAUUGAUAAGGGCUUUGAGCCUAGCAUUAUUAGCUAUAACAUACUAAUAAAUGGAUACUGUAAGAAAAAAAAUUUGGCCAAGGCCAUGCAAUUAUUUCAUGAAAUUUCUCAAAAGGGAUCAAAGCCUAAUAUCAUUACCUACAAUACUAUCCUGCAAGGUCUUUUUGAAGUUGGAAGAAAAGGCUAUGCAAAAACAUUCUUCGGUGAGAUGUUAUCGGCAGGGUCCAUACCUGAUUUAUCCACUCAUCGCACUUUGCUCAAUGGUUAUUUUAAGUAUGGACUUGUUGAAGAAGCUAUGUCUUAUUUUAAUAAGUUGGAAAGAAAGAAAGCAAAUACUGAUAUUGAACUUUACAAUGUUGUCAUCAAUGGAUUGUGCAAAAAUGGUAAACUCAACGAAGCUCAUGCUAUUUUUGAGAAGCUUUCUUUGAUUGGAUUGCUUCCGAAUGCGAGAACAUACAAUCAGAUGAUAAAUGGAUUUUGUCUUGAAGGAUUGUUAGAUGAAGCUAAUGAUAUGCUAAGAAAAAUGGAGGAGAAUGGUUAUUUGCCAAAUGACGUCACUUACAAUGUCGUUGUGCGGGGAUUUCUCAGGUGUAGCAAAAUUACUGAAAUGACAACUUUUAUGAAGGAAAUGACUGGUAGGGGUUUCUCAUUCGAUGCAACUACAACUGAGUUAUUGCUAAACGUUCUAAGGGAUAGUCCGUCCGUCCUCGACAUGAUACUAGAGCUUCACUCAAAAAUCAUGGAGUGAAUAUUUCUUUCGCCUGAUUUAUUCGGCUACACUAUCACUGUGAUACGAUUUCCUUUUAGCACUGCAAAAGAAAUGGUUUCUAAUGCUGUUGUGGAAGCAGAAAAAAUGGCAAUGCGAACGUCGCUUGGGCUUUGCAGGCAGUCUUAUUGAAAAGGUGAUAGAGAUCAUCAAUAGGUGCAUCGUUGAAGAUCCAACUUUCUACCCAGCUUUGAUGAGACCUCUUUGCAUUCAGAGGAGUUCUUCGCCAUGCCUCCCAGUUGGUUGAAUAUGGUACCGGAUCCUACACUGCUGACAUACAGGCUGAUGUUUCUGAAGUUUCGUUAACGUAUCUCAAGCUUUUUCAGGCUGCAAUCAACUCAAAAGCUUGAGUGAGGUUUGGGAGGCCGUGCCAGCCUACUAUUUAUCCAGUCUACUCCAAACUCACCUCUUUGAAUUUAAGCUAUGCUGCCAUUCAAAUACCUGGUCUUGGCAAACUCAUCAGUGACUGUCACAAUUUGGAGCAGUUGUGGGUAGGUUCUAGUUUGUGUUUUACUUUUGUAUAGAUUUGCUUGUUUUAACAUUCGAGACUCGGUACAUUAACUGUGCUUGUGAUAAAAUAGAAAUGUUGUUCAUGGUUAUCAUCCUAAUACCUCCUGAGCGUGUUGUCUAGUUGUCAAAGCAGAAGUCUCUCAGAGAAGAACAAUAAUCCUAACUUAUUCAUUGUUAUGCUGAUUUUGAAAACUGCUAGGGAUAAAUAAACAGCAUAGAUAAGCUUCGGUGUA